AUGGGGAAGGCUGGGAACGAGAGGAGAGGCGGCAGCAGCAGCGAGGCGAGCGGAGGGCUGACAGGGGAGCAGGAUAGGGGGAGCAGGGGGGGCGAGGAAGCGGAGGAGGACGGGGAGAAGGAGCAGAGGAGGCGGAGUGGCGGAGGGCGGAGGGGAGCAUCGGUGGUGAACAGGGGGGCGUGGACGGCGGAGGAGGAUGAGCGGCUGGCGGCGCUGGUGGCGGUGCACGGGGCGAAAAACUGGAGCGUCAUCGCUGCUGGUAUCCCUGGCAGGCCGGGGAAGAGCUGCCGACUCAGGUGGUGCAACCAGCUGGACCCGGCGUUGAGGCGAGGCCAGUUCACGGUGGAGGAGGAUGCGCGCAUCAUCACAGCGCACGCCAUCCACGGCAACAAGUGGGCCCUCAUCGCCAAGAACCUUCCCGGACGCACGGACAACGCCAUAAAGAACUAUUGGAACUCCGCCAUGCGCCGCAAGUACCCUCUCCUGCGCGGCCUCUCCACGCCCCCUCAAGGCCCCCCACACUCCGCCCAGGCCCACUCCGCACAGUCCCACUCCGCCUCGCCCUCCCACCCUGCACCAGCGCAGCCCCAGCCCUCCCACGCGCCCGCCCUCCCCUCUGGCAACCAGCAGGGGGGAGAGGAGGGCGCGUACGAGCGGGCAGUGCGGUUUGUGGCGGGCGUGCAGGCGAGGGGCGUGGCGGCGCUGGUGGAGGAGGUGGAAAGAGUCAGGGAGGAGGAGGGCGUGGGGCGCAUCCGCAAGAUCCUGGAAGGUUCGCCCCUGGGUGAUGCGGCGCUGCUGCAGGCGGACGCGGGAAUUAUGGAGAGGGAGGUGGGUGUAAGCGAGGGAGACGAGAGGGAAGAAGGAAUGGCCGAGGAGAGCGAGGAGUGGGGGGAUGGAGAGCAGCAGACGGUGCAGGGAGCAGGGGAAUGGGAGACAGUGCAGGGGGAGGCGAGGGUAGGGGGGUGGAGGGCGAGUGAGGCGAUAGAGGGGGGGAGAGGAGUGAAGCAGGAAGUAGAGGAGGGGGUGGAUGGCAUAGAAGAUUAUAGAGGGAUGGAAGAGGAGGGUGGAUUGUGUGCUCCGGAGCUACACGCCUCAACAGCAUGUGCUCUCCCUCCGCCCCUGGCACAGUGUGACGUCGUGCCUUUUGCCAGCCAGACUGCCGCCAACAUCAGCCAUGCGACCCAUGCGACGAGGGCGAGUGGUGGCAGUGACAGCACGCACGCUGGGGGCGUGCCUGUGGAGGCUCAUGAUGCGGAUGACUUAGUUCCACACAGUGCGGGUGGGAGCAGCAGCAGGAAAAGGCGGUAUGAGGCCUGCUGUGCGGAUCAUGUGGGCGCUCGUGCUGCCCACGGUGCUGCUGCUACUGGCGGUGGUGGUGGUGCUGCUGCCACGAGUCAGCACAGCGCCCUCACCUGCCACUUUGACCGCCGCCCUCGCUUCCGAGUGUCACCCACUGCCCUCCCUGUCACCUCGUCUGUGCCUGCACCCACUGCUGCUUCGCCUCCACUGCUGCCGCCUCCCACCCUUCCCACCACCACCCCUACUGUUACCACCUCCUCCCUCCCUCUCUCACACACCUCUCAAGGCGCCACCCAGCAGACACACACACCGUCACCAUCACCACCCUCCCCACCACUCACUCCCUCUUGCCCUCCCUCCCUCACUCACCCCCACCACCACCAUUCCCUCGCCCCUCCACAUCUCUCCUCGCGCUUUUCAUUCGCCACUCUCCCCUCCGGCCUCUCCCACUCCUCUCUCCUCCCUGCCACCCACACUCCCUCCCUUCUCCAGCCCUCCCAACCAUCCAAUCCUCCCACACCCCUUACUGCCCAGCCACUCCCGCUUGACCGAGCCUCAGGUCCUGGUUCGGGUGAAAGCGGCCUGGUAGGUGCAGGACAGGCGGCAGCAAAACAUGGUGGCGGUGGCAUGAGGGGCGGUGGAGGAGGGGACGGGAGCAUGAGGGGGGUGGGUUUGGGGGCAUUUCAGCUGGGGAAGGUGUUUACUGCAGUGCAGGUGACAGGGGGCGAUGAGAGCUUGUGCACGCACAGGGGGUGUGAGGCCGAUGAACAGUGUAAGGCAGCCGCGAGACAAGGGGAGAGGCAGGGACAAGAAUGGGAAAAGGAAGGAGGCUGUGCAGGAGAGAGAAUUGAGAUUUCGGAGGUUACGGAGGAGGAAAGCAGAGGGCAGCAGGGGAUGGAAGUCUGUGGGUCAGAGAAAGAGAAGACCCUGUGCCCACACGGAAUAGAUAAAACCAACUCACAGCCCUUGCAGCACAGUCUGCACCCAGACACAUGCCUUGUUGGUGCAGUCCCACAGCCAAUGCAAGACUGCCACGUGGCAGGGCAGGGGCAGUGUGGGGCACGCGUGCGGCGGCACGUGCAUCGAGUAUUGGCGUCGGCAUGUGGGGUGGCCCGGCUGCUGCUGGAGGAGCUGCAAUGGCGGCACGGAAUGGUGGAGGGGCGAGCCGACGAGGAGGACGUGGAGGAGCGGUGGGGGAACGUAAGAGGAGAAGGUGGUGAGGGGCCACAGGUGGUAGAUCCGGUGGGGGAUGUGCGUUGUUGCAGUGAUGAGCGGUGCUGCUCGGUGAGCAGUGGUGCUGAGGGUGCAGCUGAGGGCAUGGCGUGCCGGCAUGUGCUGGAUGCCAUGUUGGCUGUGUGCUUCAGACUUGCUGCACCAGGGAUAGUGGCAGCGAGCGGGUCCCCCCGUGCAGCGCUGCUGCUGCUGGUGGCGUCAACGGUGUACCACGUGGUGGUGCGCGCAGGGCUCACCACGCUGUGCCUCACGCUGCUCGCCUCCUUCCUGGCCUGCGACCUGCUGCUCCUCCUCGCCUCCUCCCUCCAAGAUGACCCCGCCCAACCCGACUCGUCCCCCGCAAACCAGUCCCAAGCAAUGCUAGUGCAUCCGGACAAGCAUGGGGGGGACGAGAAGAAUGCCAUAGUGGCUUUUCAACGCCUGCAGAGCGCAUACGAGACGAGCAGCACAACAACUGGCAGGGCGGCAGCAGGGGGCAUGGAAGGGGCAGCAGGGAAAGGGGGAGGGGGGGUGGGGCAGGCAGGGGGGCCAGCAGGCGGCGAGGAGGAGGAGGGGGGGCGGCCAGUGGCAUGCACAGAGUGUGGGAUGGCGCAUGUGUGGCGCCCCGUCAACCGCCCCUGCAGCCAAGCCCGCUGGUGCCAGGAGUGUGAGAGGCACCACCCAUGCAAGGAGGGGGAUGGCUGGGUGGAACAACUUCCCCAGCCUGCCUUGUUUGGCAUGCUCUCUCUUGUCAGUGCACAUGCUGCCACACACUCUGCACUCACCAACCGACACAGCACUGCCACUCUCACAGCACUGCCACUCUCACAGCACUGCCACUCUCACAGCACUGCCACUCUCACAGCACUGCCACUCUCACAGCACUGCCACUCUCACAGCACUGCCACUCUCACAGCACUGCCACUCUCACAGCACUGCCACUCUCACAGCACUGCCACUCUCACAGCACUGCCACUCUCACAGCACUGCCACUCUCACAGCACUGCCACUCUCACAGCACUGCCACUCUCACAGCACUGCCACUCUCACAGCACUGCCACUCUCACAGCACUGCCACUCUCACAGCACUGCCACUCUCACAGCACUGCCACUCUCACAGCACUGCCACUCUCACAGCACUGCCACUCUCACAGCACUGCCACUCUCACAGCACUGCCACUCUCACAGCACUGCCACUCUCACACCAUGCUUCUUCACUCACCUCCCCUCGUGCUUCCCCAUUGCCACCGCCACCUGCCACCAUCCCACGGCCACCUGCCACCAUCCCACGGCCACCUGUCACAAUGUCAUCACCUGACUUCCUCCCUCCCCUGUGCUACCCCUGCCACAUACACCCCCUGCCGUGCGAGCAGAAGGGCCCACAGCACUUUUACACGUGCACGGACGGACAGGUCUACCGCAUCACUGACUGGGCGCGCUGCCAGGUGGGUACGGUGCUGCCAGGUGGGUUGCUCUGCUGCCAGGUGGGUUGCUCUGCUGCCAGGUGAGCUCUUGUUUUCUGCUCAAUUUUCCUCUGCUCGCUCAGCCACCUGA